AUGUUGAACAACGCGAAAGCAGGAAGGUUUUCCGGCUGUGCGUGUAUGGGAAAGGUGCGUCAAGGCACUUGCGUGUUGCCUAUUCCUCUCUCAAUCUCGGAGAGAUGUCGCCAUCCCCCAGAUGUGUACAAUAUUGAUUCAGCAACAGCCACAUCGAUUGCGACGCGGGCGGGAGUCCAGGUUGGUUUGGUGAGGUCCAUCAUGCUUCAAACACAUGUAGCCUGCAUAGUCACUCACAAUGCGGCAUGCAUUUCGGGACACGGGGUAAUCCAGCCCAAAGGCCAUGUGGCGGAGGGAAAUUGUGGUAACUGGGAUAAUGGAACGGUCGUACAUUGCUUGCAAACCAAACAUGUUUAAGUCUUGGGGAAUGACAUUAGGCGUGUAAAGGGGGGGGUGCUGGAGACGUCGGACAAAAACCUCAAUAUUAAAAGGAAAAAGUACUUGUAAUUGUCAAG